AUGGGAAGCCAGGCUUCAGCGCGUGGGCAAGCAAAUGUGACCUUAGCAGCUGGGAUGACAAAGAUACAAAAAGGAAAAACAGAAAAGUCUGGUGCCACAGACCCAGAAACACAAAAUUGCAUGGUUAGGAUUGAUAUCCCCAUGAAAUCUGCCCAGAGUAUGUGGAAAAGGAUGAUUCCAUUGCUAAUGGAUCUUGCAAGUCGAGGUAGAUUAGAAAUCGCCAAUAGUUAUGAGGUAGGAGGCGACGACGUUGUUGGUAAAGAUACUGAUUUGUUUAUUGAUUCUAAAGGGCAAAUUUGUCAUUUAAAAGUAGAAAAGCUGCGCCAAUCGAUCCCGAUGGCGUGCGAAUAG